AUGUUGUCUAAGACAUUACUAUCCUCGGCCCUCGCGGCACUCACUUUAUUACCCUCUACUAGUGUAGCAGCACCACUUGAGCAAUUUAGCAAACGCGACCUCAAGUUCAACUAUGGCGGCGAAAAGGUCCGCGGUGUGAAUCUUGGUGGCUGGUUCGUACUUGAGCCAUGGAUCACACCUAGCAUCUUCGAUGCUACACCAGAGAACGUAGUGGAUGAAUACACCUACUGUCAAACUCUCGGCUCCGGCGAAGCAUACUCAAGACUCUCUAAGCACUGGGACACAUGGAUCAGCGAAGACGACCUACACCAAAUCGCAGCAGCAGGCAUGAACCACAUCCGUAUCCCCAUCGGCUACUGGUCGAUCAUCAAAGACGACAAUGCACCCUACGUCCAAGGUGCAUACCAAUUCCUCGGCAGAGCACUAGACUGGGCUCAAGGUGCAGGUCUCAAAGUCAUGAUCGAUCUCCACGGUGCUCCAUACUCGCAAAACGGCUUCGACAAUUCUGGUCAAAGAGGUGGUGUUGGUUGGGGUCAAGGCGACUCCAUUAGCAGAACUAUCGCAGCACUCAAUCAGCUUCGCGAUGAUAUGGGUAAUCACCCUGCUGUGUCGACAAUCGAGCUGAUUAAUGAGCCUAUGGGUUCUUCUGUUGGUAUCGACAAGGUCCGCCAAUUCUACAUGGACGGAUGGGGUAACCUCAGAGACACCAACCUUGUUACCACUUUCCACGAUGCCUUUGCUGGUGUCAAUGCCUGGAACGAUUGGGGCAGUGGCAUGUGGAACCUGAUGCUUGAUACUCAUGUGUUCGACGGUGGGGCCUUACAGCAGGACAUCAACAGUCACGUCGGCUCUGCUUGUGGCUUCGGUAACCAGAUGACCCAAAAUAACAAGUGGACCAUUUCCGGUGAAUGGACAGCCUCAGGCGCCCUAUCCGACUGCACACGUUACUUGAAUGGCCGUGGUGUAGGAGCCCGCUACGACGGAUCAUACAACUUCAAUGGUGCCUCAUCGUACUAUAUCGGUAGCUGCGAGAACCUUUCCAGCGGUUCGAUCAGCGGAGUCGACCCAACCACCAGAGAGAACACCGGCAGAUUCAUCGAAGCUCAGCUCGAUGCUUAUGAGAAGGCUGCUGGUUGGAUCUUCUGGACCUGGAAGACUGAGGGUGCACCCGGAUGGGACAUGAAGGAUCUCCUCCAGAACGGAGUCUUCCCCAACCCUGUCACCAACAGAAACCACCCUGGCCAAUGCAACUAA